CUGACCUUUUACAGUGAGAUUAUGUAUGUUUUCCUGUGAUCCGUGGAUACAGCAGAGGAAAGAAAGAUUUAAAAGUUAGGGCGAAUGGUGAAAGUUUGAAAUUUUUUAAAUUUAUAGGCAGCAUGUGUAAACCGCACGGUUUCUGGAUUGUAAAAGUAUAUGUCGUGAAACUAAGUCGUACGAACUCGAAUAUACAGCAGUUUCAAAGUUAUUAUGUAUGUGCUUAAUUUUGACACAACCCAACCUUACCUUACUAAAAAAAAAAGAGACCCGGGGUUCAGGGAUUGUAUAGCAUGCACAUGCAUUGGAUUGUGUUCAUGAGUUGUGCACAGGCUUCGAAGUUUAUUAAAUCAUUUCGUUCUGUUUUCUGGUCCCGGAGCAACAAUCUAAUUUAUUUGACACUUAAGGCAUGGACUUGUGACUCCAACCAAACCUCAUGUACCAUGGGUCACAUAUUAUAUCUUGUACCAGUUUGGACCCUGGCAACUGCAUGGUUAUAUCUUUUAUCACGUUUAGCUCCAGCACUUGAUGCAGAAGAUGCACCUGAUCUCCAUUUCCCACAUACUGUUCAAGAUCUGCAGCAUCUAACCAAGAUUCUUAAGUUAUAUAAAGACAGGAACUGGAUAUAUGUAUUGGUCUUAUUUUGUAGUGCCUAUAUCUAUAAACAGACAUUCAUCAUUCCUGGCUCUGCAUUGCUGAAUGUCUUGGGUGGAGCACUGUUUGGAAUAUAUGUGGGCUUCCCAUUGGCUUGUUUGUUAAGUGGAAUUGGUGCUUCCUGUUGCUACCUAUGGUCAUACUGGCUUGGCAAGGAUCUUCUUGAAUAUUACAUUCCAGAUAAGAUGAAGAUACUGCAAGAGAAG